CUCUGUCUCCACGCACAUGACAGCUGGGGCCAUGGCCGGGAUCCUGGAGCACUCAGUCAUGUACCCCGUGGACUGCGUGAAGUUUACUUACGCCCUCUCCCCGCAUUGGACCUGCCUUUGUAACAGACUCACAGUCGACCAUAGGGAAGGACUUCCUGUGACAGUGUGUGCAACGUUUGGGUCCUGUGGGCCCUCGCCUCUCUACUCAGCAGAGCACAGGAAUGGUGUUUCCCCUGCUGUUCUCCUGUCCCCUCCCCGUGUUUCACUUCCCUUGAGUAACAAAGAAAACCGCUUCAAACCAGUGGCCCAAGCAGGCUUCUCCAAGCAUGUAUGCAGUAGUACAGUCCAGUCACACCCCACCUUUCUACUCAGAGGCCCAGCAUGGACCGUGCCAGUGAGACAGCAUGGAGCAGCCUUGUGAUUGGGGCUUCAUUUGAGACUAGAAUGCAGAGCCUACAUCCAGAUCCCAAAGCCCGCUAUACAAGUGUAUAUGGCGCCCUCAAGCAAAUCAUCCGGACUGAAGGCUUCUGGAGACCCUUGCGGGGCAUCAACGUGAUGGUGAUGGGGGCGGGGCCAGCCCACGCCAUGUAUUUUGCCUGCUACGAAAACAUGAAAAGGACUUUAAAUGAGGUCCUCCACCACAGAGGAAACAGCCAUCUGUCCAAUGGGAUAGCGGGGAGUUUGGCCACCCUGCUCCACGAUGCCGUAAUGAAUCCAGCCGAAGUGGUGAAGCAGCGCAUGCAGAUGUACAACUCCCCUCAUCAUUCGGCACUAAGAUGCGUCCGGGAUGUGUGGAGGACCGAGGGGGUGGGCGCCUUCUACCGGAGCUACACCACCCAGCUCACCAUGAACAUUCCCUUCCAGUCCAUUCACUUUAUUACCUAUGAGUUCCUUCAGGAACAGAUCAACCCUCGCCGAGGUUACAAUCCCCAGUCCCACAUUCUCGCCGGAGGGCUGGCGGGCGCCAUCGCUGCGGCUGCCACUACUCCCCUGGAUGUCUGUAAGACCCUCCUUAACACUCAGGAAAACGUGGCUCUCUCCUUGGCCAAUGUCAGCGGACAUCUCUCUGGCAUGGCCAAUGCCUUUCGGACAGUGUACCAGCUCAAUGGUAUUUCUGGGUACUUUAAAGGUAUGCAGGCACGGGUAAUCUACCAGAUGCCAUCCACAGCCAUCUCCUGGUCAGUCUAUGAGUUUUUCAAGUACUUCCUUACAAAGCAUCAGAUCGAGAAUAGAACUCCAUACUAAAGGAACAGACUAUGGGGAGCAAUUCCCGUAUCUUAUUUAAAAAAGAAAGGAUUUCCCCCUCAUUUCCAUCCCUCUUUCCCCCAUGCCCCCGAACCAAGUUUUACAAGCUUCAGGGUUUCCCGAAGCACCAAUGUGAUUCUUGCAGGGUGUGUGCCACUGACCGGCUCUUCCCUGUGGCCAGCCUUGAAAGAGGGGUUGGGGCUAAAAUGGCGGCACUGAUGGCUGGGGAAAGAUUUUAGCAGAAGAAAGAUGAAUGCCUUCCUCUUCCCCCUUCCUGUCUUUCUCUCCCCUGCCAGAAGAAUGAAUGUGACUUUUUUUCUUCCCCUGAAAUCCUAAAUCGCACAGAAUAGGGUUGGGGAAGGGGGGGGGUCUGGAUAGGUGGGGAGUUUGCACCUCAGAGACUUAAGAUGUUAAAGACAAAUUAAAUAUGAUAUGUAUAUAGAAGUUCCAUUACGCAAUAUAAAAAUAGAUGGAUAAUGUUUAUCCUUUAUUUUUCUAUGUAGAGGUUGAAUUUGUGUGUGUGUGUGUGUAUGUGUGUGAGAGUGUGCAAAUAGCAUUACAGUUGAAAUUUUAAAGCGCUUUUUUAAAAAAAUGAAACAAAGGGCUCAGUUUCUCCCAUCAUGAUAUAUAAUUAAGCACCAAAGCAUCUUUACCCAACCUCCAGGGGUAGCCUGAAAGCCUAGAGGCUAGUCACCCUCCCUGCUCCUCUGACCACCCCCACCCCCAACCUCCAUGGAAGUUUCCCUUGAAUGUAUGUACUAAACAUUGAGUUUAUACUUUAAAGUUUUUUUUUUUAUGGGGAAAAAGGUACAUUUUUUAAAAAAAAUCUGUAACCAAGAGAAAAAAAUGACUAUUUUGUCAUUUCUUCUCUUUACACACAUGAGACGUUAGGUCUGAAAGAGAUACCAGAGGCCAUUUGAGCUGACUCCCUGUGUAUAUAGAUGAGGAAACUGAGGCUUGGCAGGGGUGAGGUUAUUUAAGUCAUUCUCAACAGAGUGUGACUUCCUGUAGUCCAGGAUGAAUAUCCUCUGUUUCUAAGGCCCUGGAGAGCAAGUGUUCCCUUCUCCUGGACUCUGGUGGACGUUGAGUCCUGGGUCCUUUGAGGCCCUUCCUGUGAGAAAGGACGUGGCCAAGUCAUCCCCUGCUAACAUCCUGAGAUGGAAGAUUUGAAAGGGCAUUGGUUGUGCUUGUGUGUAGGAUUUUGGUCUUUGUGUGAGUGUGUGUAUGUGUGUGUUCUGAAGUUCCAUAAAAGGCUUGUUUGUGGCCAGGGCAGUCCAAGACCCUUUUCUGAGGACUCUUCUCUUCCUCAAUGGCUAAAGUGGAUUGUUUCUAGGACAGAUGUAUAUGUAGCUGGCACAUGUGGACAAAGCAGGUGUUUUUUCUCUCCCCUGAUCCUGCAUUUUCAGACAAUUUUUCCUGUGGCAUUACUUAGGGUCUUGUUCUUUCUGCCCAGCUUGGAGGAGGGAUGGGGGUGAGGGAGGAGGUACCUUGCUAAAAGCUCAUCUUUGGUUUUCCAUGCCUUGCAAGAAGUGCCAAAAAGAAAGUGUGUGUGUGUGUGUGUGUGUGUGUGUGUGUGUGUGUGUGUGUGUGUGUGUGGUGAGGGUGAGGGUGGGGGCAGGGGCGGGGGUUUUUGGCUUCAUCAGUGGUGAGGAAGAGUCGGAGUUGCAGAGAGGCACAAGAUGCUUGGGAUGGUUUUUAUUGGGUAUUUUUCUGUUAAUGACUCAGGCCCUUGUAAGUUUUGUAGUGUGUCCUGAGUGACAGUCUCCUAAAAAAAAAUACAGACCUGUGUUUUCCAGCCCAUUGCUAGCUGCCAGCCCCGAAGUCAGAGAAAAGACACACUUAAUUAGCUGCAUGCUUCUCCUUGCCCAAGUGCCUGUCUCUAAGUCUCAGCCAAUGGGCAUUUCUUUUGGCAGAGGCUCUGAGAGGGCCCCAGAGACAGCCAAUAGCCACUUGUCCUGGACCCAAGUGUCUCCCAUUGAGCGUUCUGACCUGGGGAUAGGCACUUGGUGGGGGGUGAUUUCUAGGGAGGAGUUGACUUCAUCCCUUUGAGAUAGUACCAUGGUCUUGGGGACACACAGGGAAAUGUGGGUGGGCCCCAAGCAAGGGAGGGGGAAAUCUUUGCUUGGUGAUCCCAAGGGUUUUUCCUCUGAAUCCAAACACUUAGAAGGUCUGUCUUGACUUCAUUCAUGAAGAUGGGAGUGCCAAGUUGAGUUCCGUCAGAGAGAAGCGUGGCCUUGUUGCCAGGAUCUAGAUAACCUUUCUGAGCCUAGUCAGAGCUCAGGGGGACUGGGGACAGCAGACAGGGCAGGGACAGGGUCCGGAUUGUGUCUAUGCCAUGUUGGGGGUUUGGGAAGGGGGAAGUGGGCAGUAGAAAGGUUGAACCUGCUGAAGCCAGAGCCAGGAUUAAUUUAUUUUCUAAAGUAGUGUCUCAUCCUUCUUCUUUUCCCCCUCAGCCCCCAGCCAUUUCCUCUUCCUCCUUAAGCUUUUGUUUCAAAUGGUAUUUAGAAACUGGAAUGCCCACUUGUCUAGGUGAGGCUUUCUUUAAGGAAGGGGCCUGCUGAUCUCUUUUCAAGACUUUCCAAGCCUGGGCUUGCCCUAAUUCUGCUUGAUUCAACAGGCAACUAAGUGCCUACUGUGUGCUGGGAUUCCAAGGCAAAAAUGAAAUCAUGCCCUCCCUCAGGGCUCUGUGUCAAUAACCUUGAAGAGCACACAGUGCCUCGGGCCCCUCCUCGGACAAGUUUCUUGUUUGUCUGUGCCUUGAUGUCUGGACGGAUGACUUCUGAUAUGUAGGAACUGUAAGACAAAGGUUCCGCUAUCAAUUGUAAUGGCUAAGAUAAACCUUCAGAACUUGAUUCUUCUCCCCCCAUUACCCCAACUCUGCCUUAGUUACUGGGUAAAUCUGCCUGGUUUCCUGAUCUCUCUGUCCUUUUUAUUGAACCAUACGAGAAGCUACAUGGGUCCGCCUUUCGCUCUUAGAGGCUGCCUCUCCCAAUGCACCUGUACUGCCUGGGACCAUUGUAUUUGACGGGGGCGAGGGGAGCGUUUCUUGUGUUUUGUUUGGCCUGUGAGAUCCACAUGUGUUUGCUGCUUCAUAUCUGCAAGAACACACAGUGUAUUUUUCUUUUUUAAAGGGAGCAAAAGAGUGUUGUUUAAAAUUUUUUUAAAGGUUGUGAUGGCUGCCUGUAGUUUGUAUCAAACCCUAUUUCUCCCUCUUUUCUGAUUGUUAACCAGCUGUUUGAAGAAGGAAUGGGGAAGGUCGGGGGCGGGGAAAGGAGUGUGCCUUGGUGUGUGGGGUCUUUGUUUCCAAAUAUGCUGCUACAGUUGUACCACUGGAGCUGGAGGAAAAAAAUAAAGUAUUGACUCAUCUGU